AUGAUAGAGUAUCAUCCUUACAUGGAUACCCAGACAAAACUCAACCUUCUUAAGAAAAAUUAUCCUGAAGUUAACGAAGAAGUGUUACUAGAGCUAUUACUAUCAUGUCGUGGGUCAUUUAAGCAAACAGUUCUACUUUUGAACGAACAGUUUGACAAUGAAAAAGCGUCAAGCGUUUGCCACACUCCCUCAUAUCAAAGCUCUUUGAAUGACUUAUGGGGCUCUAACAAACGACAAAGGAUCGAAGGUUCAGGAAACGUUAUGCUUUAUACUAAAGAAUCCAUUGAAACCACUAUUCCUUACGUCUCAUAUCACAAGAGUUUCCUUCCAGCGGAGUUGGCGGAUAGAGUGCUAAAGUAUCUUUUAGAUUUAGAUAUAUGCACAUUCAAUGAAUUCUACAUCGCAGGCAAGAAAUGUAUAUCCACGCAUAAGACUUGUUUAAUGACUUCUGAGGAUUUUAUCAGGGAGUCCAAAGAUAAUGUCAAUAUGAAUAAUUUCUACAUAAGAGGCAAUCCCAAAAAAUCAAUUCCAUACAACUCCGACCUAACAGUCAUUCAAAGCCUUAUUCAAGAUUUGGUAAAUGAAACACUAGCUCAACGAGAUCUUUCCAAGACACCAUUUCACAACCGCAGACCCUGGAAUGGAGGUUCAUUAGUUUGCAAUCGGUAUGAUUCCAUCAAAAGUAGUCUAGACUGGCAUUCUGACAGAUUAACUUUUAUGGGACCGCAUCCUGUCAUUGUAUCCCUCUCAUUUGGUUGCACGAGGUAUUUUCGAUUAAGAAAGAUACACCCCCAUAAAGGAUCCAACUUACCUCCAGUCUAUAACAUUCCUGUGCCUCAUAACACUUUAUUAAUCAUGUAUGGAGGAUGCCAAGAAGAGUACAAGCACUGCGUGGCUCCGCUACCCUCAAUUAUUGAUUCCUUGCAUCCUAUAUCUGGCGAGACCAGGAUUAAUUUGACCUACCGGCACUAUGAUUCCGAAUGGGUCAGCAGAAUACCCAGAUGCCCCGAAUGUAAUGAGCCAAUGACUUUGAGGCGAAUGUUCAAAAAGAUAGAGAACCGGGGCAAAUAUUAUUGGUCUUGUAGUGCCCAAACUUCCAAGAAUAGUGAGUGUAAAGGGUUCUAUUGGGCCAAAUUUGAUGAUUAUUUAGAAGGGAAGCUGAAGGAUUAUACACUUUUUUCUAAAGAUGAGGACGAAUGUUCUCAAUGGAUUGCGGAAGAUGACUGGGAGAAGCUGGACUACUUAAAAGAGUACUACAAAGAUUUGCUAUUACAAAGGAAGAAGAAUCCAGAAUAG